CAUUUUAGUACUGAUUUAAAUCUAGGGCAAAGCGGAGAUGGUUUCCUCAGGACAUCCUACUUUUGUGGCCAGAUUUGGGAAAGACCCUGGUGGGCAGUUUUUCUAAAUAGUUUAUCUGUAAUAGACGGCCUUCCUUCCCUUCUUAAGAUACAGGGCUUCAAGUCCUUUUUACUCAUCAAUCGCUCAGUUGCCUCUUGUCACAUUUUUUUUUUCAGAAUCACCGUGUUAGGUUGGCAGUAUUCCUACGCUAUUGUUUUUUAUUUAUUAAUGUGGUCCUCCACGCAGCUUAGAAUAACAAAAUAAUACCUACAACUGCAAACUCUGAAGGGAAGGGCAUUUGGCCAUAGUGAACUAGAAUCAUCACAGUGGAAUAGAGAUUUGAAUGCAGGCCUUCGUGACCCAAACUGAGUAUUGUGCCUCUUUGUGCAGUGUGUUUUUGGCAUCAGGUACAUGGCAUCAUGCCAUGUAGCCUUUCCUAUCACUGUGCCACAUGACUCCGGUGUAUCUACUCGCGUGCUUUAGCCAUACAGUGUUUGAAUUUCUUCGUUGAUCUGAACUAAUUUGGAGCAUAACAGCCAAAAAGUCACACUGAAUUUCUCAUUUGAAUUGUAAUGUGCCUACUGUAUAAUGGUCUCUCCUUGAUUGUAGUGCAGCUGUGUGUAAUCCAACUUAGUACUGUCUCAGGAUUUGGGAGUGUGACCAACAGGUUUUCUCUCAGUCAAAUAGUUUUUUUUUUAUUAUGUUGUGUUCUGUCUUUGUCUUUUUAUUUCUUAGUGAAUAUUUCUUGGAAGUGUGCUUGUCUCAGAGCUAGCUGUUUUUGUCCAAGUCUUCUGUUUUGUUGCCAUCAUUAUAAUCCUCUAUUUGUCUUGAAAGGCUCUGCAGGUAUUCUUGGGCUGAAGGGUUAUGUGGCAGAGAGGAAAGGUGAGCGAGAAGAGAUGCAGGAUGCUCACGUCAUUCUGAAUGAUAUCACAGAGGAGUGCAACCCCCUGCCUUCUCAGAUUACCCGCAUCUCAUACUUUGCUGUCUUUGAUGGCCAUGGAGGAGUUAGAGCAUCAAAGUAUGCAGCACAAAACCUGCACCAAAACCUGAUCAGAAAAUUUCCCAAAGGAGAGAUACCCAGUGUGGAGAAGACGAUAAGAAGGUGCCUUCUGGAUACCUUCAAACACACAGAUGAGGAGUUUCUCAGACAGGCUUCCAGCCAGAAACCUGCCUGGAAGGAUGGCUCCACAGCAACCUGUGUUCUGGUGAUUGAUAAUACUCUCUAUAUUGCCAACCUUGGAGACAGCCGGGCGAUUCUGUGCCGUUAUAAUGAAGAGAGUCAGAAAUAUACAGCCUUAAGUCUCAGUAAAGAACAUAAUCCAACCCAGUACGAUGAGCGGAUGAGAAUCCAGAAGGCUGGGGGAAACGUCAGGGAAGGUCGUGUUCUGGGAGUCCUGGAGGUGUCUCGCUCCAUUGGGGAUGGACAGUACAAGCGCUUUGGGGUCAUCUCUGUGCCAGAUAUUAAACGCUGCCAACUUACACACAAUGACAGGUUUAUCUUGUUGGCUUGUGACGGUCUCUUCAAAGUCUUUUCACCAGAGGAAGCUGUGAAUUUCAUCAUGUCUUCGCUGGAGGACAAUACUAUCCCAACAAGAGAGGCCAAAUCAGCACUUGAUGCUAGGUCUGAAGCAGCCUGUAAUAGGCUGGCCAACAAAGCAGUGCAGCGAGGAUCAGCGGAUAAUGUCACAGUGGUGGUAGUCCGGAUUGAACAGUGAUGGAAAACUUGCAGAAAUGGUGUCCUUACCAACAUGCAGUGAAUUUUACGGAACAAAUUAGUGUGUCUGUGAGUGUGCGUGUGUCUCUAAGGGUUUGUGGUUUCCUCCCCCUCUGGGUGCUCUUAUUUGUAAAUAAAGGAGG